UAUCUAAUGAAAUCACAAUAUGACAUUGUUUGACCAUAGACACAGACGAGGCGUCACACCGACAUUUAACUCGGGCAAAUGACAUGAGUGAAUGGCUGUGGAAAAUGUACUUAAUUUACGUAAUGCUGGGAUGUUCCAUCAACAUAUUUGGCACCUGUUUGGUUUCGACCAUUUGGUGUUUUCACAUUUACGGUCAUUUCGAAGCGGAUUUUAUUUUUCGGCCGUACAAAAUGGUUUUUCCAUGGAGUUUCCAGUCACCGCUCGGAUAUUUCGUGGAAGUUAUUUACGACGUUAUCAUUUCUGAGGCGUAUUUCAUUGCUAAUGGCGCACUAAUUCUCUUGUUCAUUUCAUUGUGUGUACAUCAUCGAGCCUUUCUUCGCUGCUUCAAACUCUUUACAUGCAAAUUGGAUCUGAUUCAAACUAAUGGUCGGAAAAAAUCAAAUAAAAAACCAGACGACAAGAAAAAGGCGCUGUUCGAACUGAUUCGCUUUCACGUUUCGAUCAAAAGUUUUUUCCUGGAAUCCGCUCAGGUGUACAGUCCACACAUUGCCGUCGUAUUGAUUUUCAGCACAUUGAUGAUGGCCUGUGACGUUUUUCACAUCGAUCUGCAAAUCAAGGAUAUCGACUCCCGAAUAAUAAUCGUUUUGAUUGGAUUUUUCUGUGGCCUAUCCAAUUUAUUCGUGUACUGUUAUUUCGGGAAGGUGGCCAAUGAGAGCUUUUCCGAAAUGAACGAUUGUUUAUACGAAAGCAAUUGGCAUAACCUUCCGCUUGAUUUACAAAAAUGGCUCCCGCUUUUGAUCAAAAACACACAAAAACCGAUUUUUUACCAUGGGUUUGGUGUGGCGGUGUUGCAAUUGGAAACAUUACAAAAAUUGUUGAAGACAGUGUUUACUUAUUACAUGACACUUAAGGCCACAACAACUCGUUGAAUGAAGGAUGGAUUUGAAAACGCAUCGAAAAUAUGAAUAGAUUAUAUUCGUUUGAUUUUAGUAG